AUGCCGCCCGGCCUGGACCUCCAGGAAAGCAGAAAAGGGACGAUAAUCGGCGUGGCCGUGGCGCUGUGGUGUUUGGCGCUGCUGGCGGUAGCGUUGCGGGUGCUCAGUCGCAGGAUCAAGGGAACCAAGUUGUGGCUGGACGACUGGUUGAUAUUCGCUGCGCUGCCAUUCUCUACCACCCAGGUCUUUGUCAAUGUUGGCUACGGAACCAGCAAGGGACUCGGCCACCAUCUGUGGGCAACGCCACCAGACUCGCUGUACGCCUAUUCCAUCGAUCUCUUCGUCUCCCAGUGCGCGUUUGCCGGAGUCGUCGUGUGCUUCAAGCUGUCCAUCCUGGCCCUGUACUGGCGCCUGUUCCACUUCCAGCGGUUUAUCAAAGCCCUCAUCUGGGCCUUGGCCAUGGUCAUUCUUCUCUGGGGAGCACUGGUUAUGCUGCUUGCCACGCUCCAGUGCAAUCCGACCCGUGCGCUAUGGGCCAGAUACGACCCGGUCAACCCCCUUCCUCGCGACCAGUACUACUGCCGCUUCGCCGAGAGGAACUUCCUCCUCUUCACUUCUGUGCCUACUCUUGUCACGGACAUCAUCAUGCUGAUUCUUCCUAUCCCGUACAUCUGGAAGCUCAAGCUGCCGAGGUCGAAGCGCUACGGCGUUCUCGCGACCUUCUGCCUCGGUUCCUUUAUUCCUGCCGUCGCCAUCGUGAGGAUAAUUUUCAUUGCGCAGGGGAACUUUGUAGGUGUCGACAUUACGUGGAACUUUCCGCUGAUGAUGCUCCUGUCUGUUGCUCGGGUCAACGUGGGAAUCUUGUGUGCAUGCCUGCCGUUGAUACUGCCGGUAUUGUCAGCCAUCAACCGCCGCGUCCGGAGCAGGCACGCUCCCAGCCAGCGCCACGGAGCAGCACAUGCAGCCGCCCAAGCCAACGACGGCGCGCCCUGGCCACACACCAUCGGCAGCCCGUGCGGCCCCCCCUGCAAGGCCUGGCUCAGGAGCGACGUCAGCUCCCACGACGCCGGCUCGCACCUCGACGCGGACUCCUCCGACAGGCGUCCAUGCAGGCACGGCAGCGACACGAUAGAGCUCCCGCCCCUGGCCGCCACCGAGCAAAGCGCCAAGCGUUGA